AUGGCUGAGUCUGACGCACCCAGUACUAUCGCAAUCAUCGGGGUGGGCUAUGUGGGAGAACAUCUCAUGGAAGUUUUCUCUUCAGCCUUCCCCAUAGUUGCAUAUGACAUAUCUGCUUCCCGAAUAGACAACUUGCGACUAAAGUACUCAGAGAAGCACAAUGUCAAGUUCUCCACAGACAGUAGAGAUUUUCAAACCGCAUCACACUUUCUACUCUGUGUGCCGACAUCGUUGAGCUUGACCGGCGGAGUCGAUUCCUCGCACAUUCGCAGUGCAGUGGACAUGCUCUACCCCUAUGUGAAAGCCAAUUCCAUCGUGGUGGUAGAGAGUACUGUUGCGGUUGGAAUGACUAGGCAACUACUGGGGCCACUGGUUAAGGCUCGUGGCAUCUUCGGUGGUAUGUCGCCUGAAAGAAUAGACCCAGGCCGCGUAGAACCCCCACCCAAAUCGAUACCCAAGGUUGUUUCCGGUCUAGACGACGUUGCCCCAGGGUCUUUGGCCGCUAUUACAAGAUUAUAUGAAACUGUUUUCGACACUGUCAUUCCUGUCAGCAAACCAGAAGUAGCUGAGAUGUCAAAGCUCUACGAGAAUUGCCAGAGGACUAUAGCAAUUGCCUACGCGAACGAAAUGGCGGAUGCCUGUAAGGAACUGGGAAUUGAUCCUUUCGAAGUCGCCCACACAUCCGCGACCAAACCUUUCGGGUACCUACCUAUGUAUCCCUCACUGGGUAUUGGAGGUCACUGCAUUCCCGUCAAUCCGACAUAUCUCAUGUCGACUUGCAAACUCCCGCUGCUUCAACAGGCGCACGAGCGUAUGAUGACCCGACCAUCACGCAUCGCCAGUCACCUCCUAGAGUUGAUACUCGAGGAAAGCUAUCACAAACACGGCGAGGCACAUCGACCCAGAGUGCUCGUCGUGGGGAUUGGGUUCAAGGCAGGCCAAUCGGAUAUGUCCCACUCUCCUGGGCUGCAACUCCUGAAUUAUCUCCGCCAAUCUGGCGAAGUCGAUCUGAUGUUUUGCGAUCCAUUGGUAAGCCAGGGUUCUCUACCAGGGGUGCCGAAACUCGAGAACAGCUGCUGGGAGCUGGAAGUUCUGAAGACAUUUGAUGCCAUAGUGGUCGCUGUAAAGCAGCCACCUCUGGACUACAAAAUCUUGAAAUGUUUAAGCGGUGUGCGGGUUGAAGUCUGGCAAAAAUGA